UUGGAAGUAUUCUAGUUAGUUGACCUUAGUCUUUCCCAAGAUCUCAAGGUAAGUCGGGUUGGGACUAUAAAUAAAUAAUUUCUGAUUGAAUGUUUGCUUUAGACAUAAGAAGAGUGAAUUUUAUAGAAACACAUGCAAUUUUAUCCAAAAGGGGCCAACAACCAUUUUGACAAAGACACCAAUGCGGUUCCACUGCCACCUUUCCUAAGGUUUCAAAAGAAACCAACAUCUGUGGUAAAUAUUCAGGUGGCCGAGUGCCUGCGGGAGGUAACUACAGUUGAUGUCUUGGUGCUCGGUUUCGCGAACCUGGUGGCAGAUGGAAUAUCAAUGGGAUUUGGAGAUUUCAUUUCGAGCGGGACUGAGAACGAUGUGGCUGCAAAGGAGAGGGCUGUCACCAAAUGGGAUGUCACUAAUCAUAUCACGCCUCAGCUGAUGGAGUUGCUCCAGAAGUAUCAAAUGCUCGGAAUGUCCACUGAAGAUGCUGCCACGGUGGUGAGAAUAUUUGCCAAGUACAAGGACAUACUGGUGGACGAGAAGAUGAUGGCGCAGAAGGGGAUCCUUCCUCCGGAAGAAGCCUACAAGCCUUGGAAAAAUGGGCUCGUGACAUUCGCUGCUUUCAUCUUCUUCGGGAGUGCACCCCUCCUCUCGUUCAUAAUCCUCAUCCCUUUUACAGACAGCGAGAUCAUCAAGUUCGUGGGAGCCUGUGUCCUCUCAGGGAUCUCCCUCGCCCUUCUCGGGAUCACUAAGGCAAAGAUUGUGGGACAGAGCUAUGUGGGCUCUGCAAUGGUGACUGUCUUAAAUGGCGCUAUAGCAGCCUCAGCUGCUUACGGGCUUGGGUGGACACUGAGGAAUGUAGCUGGCUAGAAAGAAUGAGGAGACAAGGAAGAGAGGGGGGGAGAGAGAGAGAGAGAGAGUGGUGUAAAAAUCUUUGUGUUUGUGUAUUGAGUUUUCCUUGUGUAGCAGA